AUGAGACCAACUGUACAGCCGGAGUUCCCCUGCGCGGACGGUACCUGCCUGCUGGAGUCUCAGCUGUGUGACAACCGGACGGACUGCAGUGGAGGGGACGAUGAGGACGACUGUGGAGUCGUCCCACCUCCUGGGUUCUCGCUUGGCUUGGCGAGUCGGUACAUCCCGGAUGUGUUCGUCACCGCCAGUUCCGAGUACAAGCCUGAGUUCGCCGCCUCCCAGGCUCGGCACACGCCUCCGACGGCACCGGGGUACUGCUGGGUACCGAGUUCUGUGCUGGAACAAUGGAUUCAGGUUUACUUCGGCAAGACGACUGACGUCACCGGUGUCGUCAUCAGUGGAGGCGGCGCGAACUGGGACCUGGGCAGUUGGGUGACGUCAUUUACCCUGGCCUUCAGUAUGGACGGCACUUCCUGGGUACCGUACGGAGACAGCAACAACAGCGUGCAGAGCUAG